AUGUCUGCGCUCUCAGUUGGAAUUGUUUGCUUUUCCGUCGUAUACUUCAACAACAAUCAUCGUUCAUUUUACCAUUCGAAAGAUGAUUUUGUUAUUCAACAUCGACAACAUAAAUUAUUUGUCUUAAAUUAUGCUUAUUGCUUCCAACUUGGAAGACAUUACUCGAAUGAAUCGAAGGAAUUCUUACUUGAGGUCAAUGAAUUUUAA